GUUCUUUGCACGAGGAUUAGGAACAGAUUUAAAUGUUUCUGUGAUUAUUUGACUAUUUCCUUUUUAGUUUUUAAUUAUUAGACUUGGGAUUAGAGCCAAGCCUUUGAGUUUGUAAGUUUUUAGUUCGUGCUUAGACACUUUCGGCUCCCCACCUCUAUUUUAUGUUUAGGUCAUUUCAAAAUUCUGGUCACAUUUAUAUCACUGGACAAUUAAAGUGUCAAAUCACAACUGAAAGCUGUCAAAUAAUUUUUUCUCAUCAUCUACCUUAGAAGCAUAUUUCUCAUUCAUUGAUUGGUAAAAUUUAUGAUUAUGGCCUAAAAAAUUUUGUCUGCUUCCUUAAUGGUGUCACAAACCAGAGAUACUAAUAUAGUAAGCUGUCCAUUGUGAACUAUUUUAUGAAGAGAGGUCUAAAUCUAAGGCUAUUGAGAAAUGGUAUAUAGCUAACCUCGAUAAUCAAUUUAAAAAAAUAUAUUAUGUCACCCGACCCAAAUUAUAAACCUAUUCUAAUUAGAGUGGGAAGGUUGAGAUGGGAAAACUUGGAGAAAAAAUGAAUCUUGACUUGGUGAGUUUUACCAGUUUGAUGAUAUGUUUUGACUUAACUCUGUUUCAAAAGCUGAGUAAGCGUUUGUGCCCAUUACAAUUAAAUCCUCACUUCUUAACAUCGCAAUUCCUAAAUAAUCUCCAAGAAUAGGGAGUAUUUUUUUAUUGAGUAUUAAUACAGUCUGCCACAUUGAAGGGCAUUGGUAUUCAUUCAAGAGCUAUAGUAUUCAUUCACACAAUAUAUACAUAAGAAAGGAAAAUUAAAAAUAACCAAGUAAGAAGAAAAAAAAAAGUAUAUAUAUAAAUAAAAAGAUAUAGUAAUACACAAGGUAAGUAAAAUAACAGAUCAGCCGAAUGAUAACAAAAUAAAUAAAACACAUUCACACCUAUGUACAAUAUUUACAUUGGUCCAGGGGACUCUGAAUCAAGCUUUGUUCCUCAAUUGUGGAAGCCAAUGCAGGGCUUCAGGAGAUUCCAAUGGAGACUGAUGGAGGGCACUAGAGCAACAGACACUCAGGACAUGAGUGAAGAAUCUGGCUAGUGCCAGUACUCCAAUAUAUACAUUUUUACAAAAGGUCGCAGGGUCAAGAACAAAUGGGAUAUUAAGGUCAUUGUGUAGGGUUUUAUUGGUUACAUAAAAGGGAGCAUCAACUAUUGUUCGAAGAACUUUAGACUGGAAGGAUUUUAUGCGUUUGAUGUUAAAAAGUUUUGCUGUCCCCCACAGUUUGAGUCCGUAGGUCCAGAUAGGUUUCAGGAUUGUCAUGUAGAUUAAUAGUUUGUUCUCAACUGAAAGUUGAGAUUUUCUAUUGAGUAGUCUAUAUAGUUGGCCAUAUCGUCGAUUAAACCGUUGUCUUUUAAGUCUGGUAUGUGGGUUCCAUAUUAGUCUUUUGUCUAGAAGGAAGCCAAGGUACCGAACUGUGUCGAAGAGGUGAAGUGGUAUGAAGUUGAAAUGAACUGGUGGACACGACUUGCGCCGAAGGAUGAAGGUGAUGUGUUUGAAUUUGGAUUCAUUUACUUAUUUGGAUGCGCCACUUAUUACACCAGUGUUCAAUAAGAGAGAGGUGACGACUUUGUAGGUUAAAGGAUGCUGUUUCGGGAUCUGAAUUGGAAGAUAGGAUGGCUGUGUCAUCAGCGAAUGUUGCCAUGAGGGUUUCAGAAUGAGUAGGAAUAUCAGCGGUAAAGAGAAAGUAAAGGAUAGGACCCAAGACGCUCCCUUGAGGAACGCCCACCUGAAUUGAAUAACACUCAUUUCUAAUUAAUUCAGGAAUGAGAAAUAUUCAAAACGCAUAAAAUUAAAUUAUUUUAGUUGUAGCCUAUACUCUUUAAGAUAACAAAUAUUAAAUUAUUCUCUGAGUUCUAAAAUUAAAUUUUAAUUAAUAUUUAUAUAGAAAUAUGAAAUUAUAAUUACUUUUGGUUCUUAGAGUUUGUAAAUGAAAAUAAAAAAAAUCUGAUCUUACCACAUAAUUUAUUUAAUAAAACAAAGAGCAUUUAUAAUAAAGAAAUAAAAUAAUUUUUUAAUGAAGAAAUAUUGAACAUACAGAAUGAAAAAAAAAAAAUGCUAAAACUGUACACUAGUGAAAUAUUAUAAGAUAAAAUCUACAAAAAAUAUAAAGUGUAAACAAUCAAUUUUUACAUUAUUUAUACUAUUUUUUGGCAGUAUAAGUAUCAUUAGAUAUUCAUAAAGAUUUUCUAUGGUUACUGCAGUAAACCAUAAAUUUAUACCAAUACAACUACUUACAAACGAAUACAUCUAUUUGUAGAUAUACAGAGCUCUGAAAACGUUUCAACAAGAGACUUAAUAGAAAUAAUUUAAAUUGAGAGAUGAGGAAAAGAUUAUUAUUUUGAAGCAAAUAUUGUAGUAAAGAAACAUUUAUUUAUUAUAAUUACACAAGUCAACAAUUAAUAUCAAGUAAUCCACCAGUUUAUUUUUGUGCACAGCAAUCUCUCUUCAAUGCUAAAAAUUAAAAAGGCUAUAUAAACUAGAGAAAUAUUUCCCAUUCUUUUUUGGAACUCCUCACAGGCCUGGAGGAUUUGGUUGCCAUAAUAUUAAAUUCCUUAUUUCUAUCAAGCAAUUCUGAGAAAUGUUCUAGAAGAAUGAAUUUCGGCCUCCGAAGUAGACUACUCCUUAUAUUUUAACUGUGUUAUUUUUUCGUUGUGAAAUACUCUGUUAUAGUUCUGGCAGUGCAAUUUGUUGGUGUUUUUAACAUUAAUAUUUCUUUUUCCAGUUUUCAGCCUAAAUGUGUAUUAUAUAUUAUUCACAAUGAUAUAAAUUGAUCAGAAUUAAUCUAGGCUUCACUGUUAUUAUUAUUAGAAUUUUUUAUUAUAUCUGAACUUUAGGGCUAUUAUUUUUUUAUUAUUGUUAUUUUUUUAAUUUAUCACUCACCCCUUUGUAUCUACUAGAUAUUAUCUAGGAACUAAAGACCUAUUGUUUUAUAAUCAAUAAUUCAGGAUGUCAGCUGUUGUGUGUUGCUAGGAGCUACAGAUUUUUUUAGUUUUGUCCCUUGACUAUGGUGAAGUAUUUAUUUAAAUUUUUCAGUUCUAAAAAAUGGAUGGGCUAUAUGAAAGAGAAGCAUUGCAAUUUACAGUUAAAGGCCCUAUUCCUAUAAAAGGUGAUGAUGAAGUUGAUUUAUCAGGAGUAUCUGCAAUUGAUAUUACUCUUAAUGAACCUACUGCAGUUGGAGAGCUUGUUUUUAGAAAUUAUUAUACAGCAACCAUAGCAGUCCUCAUCCUUUAUGAUAAAUCGAAACGCUCUGAAAAAGCUGAUAGAAAGAGGUCAUGGUCGUGCUCAGUUACCCAAAAGGUACUCAUGCCUAAUCCUCAUCUUGAGACUGGUAGUCACGAUGUAUUCUCUAUAACGCCUUCUGAUUCUUGCAUACCAUGGAAUGACAUUAGUGUUAUGAGACUUAUUUUGAGACAGCCUAGUCCUCUUUGGAUAACCUUCAAGAUAGAAGAGGUGAAUCUCUAUAAAGACUUACCUCGAAUAAUACACCGUCCAACAGCUGAUUCAAAAGAAUUAGAUAAGCUGUUAAUACUUCUUAAGCGCCAGACUGUUUCAGCCCUCAAUUGGCAUCCAUCACAAUCUAUUAACAUCAGUGUACCUAGCAGUGCAGAUGUUCAAAGUUCCUCAUCUUCUCCAAAACAAUCUCCCAGUUGUGAACAAACAUCUUGUGGUGGUUAUGAAAUUCACAGAUUGCCUUAUAAUUAAUAAAAACAAACAAACAUUGGUUCUAGGAAUCUUACAAACUCAGUGUUGGAAUACUUAUCUAAGUACUUAAUACAAUUACAUUUAACACUAAAAUUUUAUAUAGCAGUUUUAUUUGUAUGAAUUAAAAAUUAUUGUAAUAAUAAAUUUUUUAUCUUUCAUUGGUCCUUAAGUUGUUUAUGAUUUUAAAUAAUU